CCCAGCUACUUCUCGCCGCAGCCCCGCCAGAUCCUCAGCCACGCCAUCGCCCGCAGCCCGCCCGCCUCGCCCGCCGCCUGGCCCGCCGCCUCGCCCGUCGCCUCGCCCGCCCCGUCGCCCGCCGGCAGCGCCAAUGCUUCGACCACGUCGGUCGACCACGUCGCAGCGCUGCCACUGAGGUCCGCCUUGGCGCCCGCGCUGCACCCGCUCAACCGCCCCGCCUACGAGCGCGACCUCUCGAGCAUCUCCACCGCCAGCACCGUCACCGUCCGUGCGAACCCCGCCGACGCCGCCGACUCGCCGCAGCGCCAUGGGCCCGUCUACCCCAACCAGAGCUACGCCGCGCUGCAGUUCCAGCAGUACCCCGCGCCCUACAUCCCGCCCAUACAGCGCGCACGCAGCUCCCACCCGGCGCACUUCUCGGCCAACUCGGUGUCGGCCAUCCCCUCGUUUGGCGCCUCCAACGUCCACUACCGCGACAUCAUGGACUCGGCCCCACGCACCGCCGGCAACUCGCCCAUGAGCAGCCCGGGCCUCUUCGACCCCGCCAGACACGUGGGCUCGUCAGGCUCCCGAGAACCCACCGACGGCCUCUACUCGAGUCCCUGGCUCCACCACACCCACCGGCAAGCCCCCAAGGAGAGUCACCUUGCCGACGUGACGCACGAUCCCAUCUCCGGCCGCAAGCUCGUCAACCAGUACGAAAUCAUCGACGAGCUCGGCCGCGGCGUGCACGGCAAGGUCAAGCUGGGCAAGGACCUAAUGUCUGGCAAGUACGUGGCCAUCAAGAUUGUGGACCGCUACUCCAAGCGGAGGCGUCUGGGCAAGAACACCAGCCACGAGGACAAGAUCAAGCGCGAGAUUGCCAUACUGAAAAAGGCCCGUCACCCCAACAUUGUCAGUCUACUCGAAGUCAUAGACGACCCGGCUAAGAAAAAGGUCUACAUCGUGCUCGAGCACGUGGAGCUUGGCGAAGUCAAGUGGAGGGUCGAAGGCGCCCCCGCGGUCACUCUGGUCGAGUGGAGGCGCUUUCAGCGAGAGUCGCAAGGCAUCUUCGACGACGACAGGGCAGCGCGGGAGGACGAACACAUCAUCAGGAGAGCACACCAGAAGCUAGUCCGUCAGCGCCGCAGGGAAGCCCGGGAAGCCCAUCUCCGCCGGCAAACCGUCACCGGCAACGAGCCUUGGAGCUUCGAGUUUGGCGGUGACUCUGACGACGACAUGUACUCAGAGGCCGGUCGCAGCUCUCGAGCCUCCAAUCGCGAGGACCGUCCGCCGAGCCGCGUCCAGCUCCACGAAAAGCAACAAGGCUCAUCGCACACAGAUGGCACAAUGGAGACUGCGUUUUGCGCUUCUAUGCUUGCGCCUGGCCCCAAGGGCGGUGACGGCAGUGCCACUGGCCUCGAAGGCACCAUGUACGGCGCCUAUGAUGCCGAGUACGGCGCCUGUGAUGCCGAGUACGGCGCCUGUGAUGCCGAGUACGUCCGUGGCCGCACGCCAAGUCUUGCCGGCAGCAGCUCUUCUCACCCAGAGGCCGAGCACGACGAGGUGCCCGAGCACUUUCGCUACGUUCCCCUCAUGACGAUGCAAGGCGCUUGGGACGCUUUCAAGGACACUGUCCUCGGUCUCGAGUACCUGCACUACCAAAACGUCAUCCACCGCGACAUCAAGCCCGCCAAUCUUCUCGUCACCAAGGAGCACCGCAUCAAGAUCUCCGAUUUUGGUGUCUCCUACCUCGGACGCCAGAAGACAGACGAAGGCUUUGGGGACCAGUCAGAGAACGAGAUGCAGGAAGAAGACGAGGCUAUCGAACUGGCCAAGACUGUGGGCACACCGGCCUUCUACGCACCUGAACUCUGUAGGACUGAUUUCAGUGCCGAAACGCCGCACAUUGACGGAGGCAUCGACGUGUGGGCCCUUGGCAUCACGCUAUACUGCCUGAUCUACGGCCGAGUUCCUUUCCACGAGAACAACCCCUUUGCGCUGAUGAAGGCCAUUAGCGAAACCGAACCCUACAUUCCACGUUACCGACUCAAGCCUGUCUCUGAGCGUGCCAACUCCCGACCGAACUCGCACGGGCGUAAUAUGCAACCCAUCUCGAACGCCCGGAGAGCACCUCACGAUGUCGACUACGAGGAGAUUGAUGAGAACCUCCGUAAUCUACUGAAGUGUCUGCUCGUCAAAGAUCCCAAGCACCGCAUAACAAUACACGAGAUCAAAAGGCACCCGUGGCUGCUGCAAGGCCUCAACAACUACAACACCUGGAUGGAGGAGACAGAUCCUGAUCGCUCUUCUCACGGUCGCAAGAUCGAGAUUACAGACGAUGAUCUGGAAAAGGCCGUCGUUCCUGUUGGUCUCGUGGAACGGAUGCGGUCAGCUGCGAAGAAAGCCACCGAUUACGUCACAAAAAGCUUCACCAGGGGCGGUUCUAGCUCUCGUCGCCGCGCACAGAGCUCGGCACACGAUUUGCCUCCGAGUAUGAGCACCGCUUCCUCGAGCAGUACCAUUAGCCAAGAUGCACGACGAGGCAGCAUAGCACCCAACGCGAUCCUGGACAUGCUGGGCAGAUCACGCGAACCUGAGCACCCGCUCUCGCACAGUGUCAGCGCCAGCCCCGAAGCAAAGGAACGAGCCAGGUAUUUUGACAGCCCCGACUCUCGGAAAGCUUCCCCCAUGCAAAAUGCGGAGACGUAUCGGCCAGCUAUAGCGGAUCGGGCCAUGUCUUCCGUGUACACAAUACGGCAAGCUGACCUGGACGUCCGAUCCACAACACCACUGGUACCCUCAGCACUCCCUGGCACUCCAACUGUAUUGGAUACGCCUACCGGCUCACAUCUUGGAGGCUUGUUCGGAGGUCUUCCGCGCAGGGUCGUCAACAGCAUGAAGAGCAAGGACAAGCUCAGGCCUGCGCGAGAACGCAUCCGCAAGAAGUCGUUCGACAAGUCGAUUGAUCGCCUCAUGGUUGGCGAAAACGACCCGCAUGGCGUUCCGAGCCUCGCCUUGAGCACAACAAACGCCGCCGGCCACGUCGACGCACCAGACGUGAAGGCAUUGUCACCCAUUGCACGGAGUCGAUCGCCCAGCUACUCGGAUGCAUACUCUGUCGAUCUUCUUGACUCGGCCUCUCGACAGUCGUCGGUGUCAUCGCUGUCAUCUCGCCUGGCUGCUCGGUGGGCAGCUGCAAAUGAGCUCGAGGUCGGGCCCACCCUGGACAUUCCUCCUGGCUCCUACAAAUCGGCAACUUCGUCGCGCUCUGCACACACUGCAAAUUCACACUGGCUGUCAAGUGCCCACGAGACCUCGGACGAGCGGUUCAGUCGCGCAAAGGACGAGUUCAUCCGCCGACGAGUGCGGGAGGAGAACAUGGAUCGCGCACGUCCGGCAUCUGGAACGCAACGACCUGGCUCAGCCCUUGAUCAGACUGCCUGCCCUCCCAGCCCGGAUGACGAGACAUUCAGUCAGCGCCAGAAGGAAGUGAGUCAACACCAAAAGGAACACGCCGAGUCCUCGGAGAAUAGUCCUGUUUGUGGACAGGAGCGUGGCCUGGCCUUUUGUUCGUCCGAGGAGCAGUUUACGCCCAUGUCGCAGUCGACCUCGAACCCAUCUAUUCCGUCUGUCGCAUCCGCCAACUCUUCUGUUCCAGACGACUGCGCUCAUCUAGACCGGUUCGCCAACAUGCUACCCACAACAUCUGCCGACUCGAUCGCACACAACCAGUUUGAUGCUCCUUUGGACGAUCCUGCUGGUUACGACGGCGACCACGCCGUCGAUAGCGACGAAGACGACAGCAGCGACGAUGACGGUGGGCUCUUCAUGGGACGCAAGAGGCCCGCACCGAAGCCUCGACGAAGCAACUCAAUCUCCAACGCAGAGCUCGCCCGCUCAAGCAUCUCCAAGGAACUCACCAAGACCCGUCGCCGCUCAGCACGCAGCGGUAGCAACGGCACCGUCAAGAAAUUCCCUCCGCCA